GUCACGUGCCUCCACUUCCUCCGUUAGGGUUUACGACCAGCACCAACCGCAACAUCGACCUCCUUGGACUGAUUUCGACGUCGCCUAUUACCAUUCUUACGCUCACCUUGGCAUCCACCAAGAGAUGAUCAAGGAUCGUGUGCGUACGGAAACUUACAGGGAUGCAAUCAUGCAGCAUCAGAGUUCCAUUGCAGGCAAACAGUUGCACCACCGUUACCGUUGUAGCAUUAGCAUGCUUCUACGCUGCUUUCCAAUAAAGUCGAAGCUGUUGCAGUCUCAAUUCACCAAUACACGCCUCUUGUCGUGUGCUACAAUCCCAAUCACAGCUCUGAAAGAAUGCAACUCCUUAGCCCAUGCGAAACUGUUGCAUCAGCAAAGCAUCAUGCAAGGUCUUCUUUUCCAUUUGGCGACAAACCUCAUCGGCACAUACAUAGCUUCCAAUUCUACUGCGUAUGCGAUUCUGCUUCUGGAGCGCCUCCCGCCGUCCCCUUCAUCGGUUUUCUGGUGGAACCAACUCAUAAGGCGCGCCCUUCAUCUCGGAAGCCCUCGUGACGUUUUCACUCUCUACCGUCAGAUGAAAUCACUUGGCUGGACCCCUGACCACUACACCUUCCCUUUUGUCUUCAAAGCUUGUGCCAACCUUUCCUCUCUCUCCCUCGGUGCUUCCCUCCAUGCUACUGUUUCACGAUCUGGCUUUGCCUCUAACGUAUUUGUCUGUAAUGCCGUGGUCUCCAUGUAUGGAAAGUGUGGCGCUCUCCGUCACGCACACAACAUGUUCGAUGAUUUGUGUCACCGAGGCAUUCAGGACUUGGUUUCUUGGAAUUCUGUUGUGUCUGCUUAUAUGUGGGCUUCCGAUGCAAAUACUGCUCUCGCAUUGUUUCAUAAAAUGACUACACGUCAUUUGAUGUCCCCGGACGUUAUCAGCCUCGUUAACAUACUUCCUGCUUGUGCUUCCCUGGCUGCCUCACUGCGCGGAAGACAGGUUCAUGGGUUUUCUAUUAGAAGCGGAUUGGUGGAUGAUGUUUUCGUGGGAAAUGCAGUGGUUGAUAUGUAUGCCAAGUGUGGCAAGAUGGAGGAAGCAAAUAAGGUUUUCCAGAGGAUGAAGUUUAAAGAUGUUGUUUCUUGGAAUGCCAUGGUCACCGGCUAUUCUCAAGCUGGCAGAUUGGAACACGCUCUUUCUUUGUUUGAGAGGAUGACGGAGGAAAAUAUUGAGUUAGAUGUUGUGACAUGGACAGCUGUUAUCACUGGGUAUGCACAGAGAGGGCAAGGUUGUGAGGCUCUGGAUGUGUUUAGGCAGAUGUGCGACUGUGGUUCUCGUCCGAAUGUGGUCACUCUCGUCUCCUUACUUUCGGCUUGUGUGUCUGUUGGAGCACUGCUUCAUGGGAAAGAAACUCAUUGUUACGCCAUCAAAUUUAUUCUCAACUUAGAUGGACCUGAUCCUGGGGCCGAUGAUUUGAAGGUGAUUAAUGGUCUCAUUGACAUGUAUGCUAAAUGCCAAAGCACAGAAGUGGCUCGAAAAAUGUUUGAUUCAGUAUCGCCAAAAGACAGGGACGUGGUUACCUGGACUGUGAUGAUUGGUGGGUAUGCCCAACAUGGUGAUGCUAAUAAUGCUCUUCAACUUUUCUCCGGAAUGUUCAAAAUGGACAAGUCUAUAAAGCCUAAUGAUUUUACUUUAUCAUGUGCCCUUGUGGCCUGUGCUCGUUUGGCAGCACUGAGGUUUGGUAGGCAAGUUCAUGCUUAUGUGUUACGCAAUUUCUAUGGUUCUGUUAUGCUAUUUGUGGCUAAUUGUCUUAUAGACAUGUAUUCCAAAUCUGGAGAUGUAGAUACCGCUCAAAUUGUUUUUGACAACAUGCCACAGAGAAAUGCCGUCUCUUGGACAUCUUUAAUGACCGGGUAUGGCAUGCAUGGACGUGGUGAAGAUGCUCUCCGUGUUUUUGAUGAGAUGAGGAAAGUGCCUCUGGUGCCUGAUGGCAUAACCUUUCUGGUUGUGCUUUAUGCUUGUAGUCACUCAGGAAUGGUGGAUCAUGGAAUCAAUUUCUUUAAUAGAAUGAGCAAGGAUUUUGGGGUAGAUCCUGGACCAGAGCAUUAUGCUUGCAUGGUUGAUCUCUGGGGUCGCGCUGGUCGUUUAGGUGAAGCUAUGAAGCUCAUAAAUGAAAUGCCUAUGGAACCAACCCCAGUAGUUUGGGUGGCCUUACUUAGUGCUUGUCGGUUACAUUCAAACGUGGAACUUGGGGAAUUUGCUGCAAACCGUUUGUUAGAAUUGGAAUCUGGAAAUGACGGGUCAUACACAUUGCUUUCAAACAUAUAUGCUAAUGCCAGACGCUGGAAAGAUGUGGCUAGGAUUAGAUAUACGAUGAAACGGACUGGAAUCAAGAAGAGACCUGGUUGCAGCUGGAUACAAGGAAGGAAAGGUGUUGCAACCUUUUAUGUGGGAGACAGAUCUCACCCACAGUCUCAGCAGAUAUAUGAAACACUUGCAGACUUGAUUCAACGCAUUAAAGCCAUUGGGUAUGUUCCUCAGACAAGCUUUGCUCUUCAUGAUGUAGAUGAUGAAGAAAAGGGUGACCUGCUUUUUGAACAUAGUGAGAAGUUGGCUCUUGCCUAUGGCAUCCUAACAUUACAUCCACGUGCACCUAUUCGAAUAACCAAGAAUUUACGCAUCUGUGGUGAUUGCCACAGUGCUAUUACCUACAUAUCCAAGAUUAUUGAACAUGAAAUCAUACUGAGAGAUUCAAGUCGCUUCCAUCAUUUCAAAAAUGGAUCCUGCUCAUGCAAAGGAUACUGGUGACAAUGGAAUUUAUCGUUUCCAUUUAAUUUAUGACAUUUUUGCUAUGAGAGAGGCAAAUGAAGUCGUGAAAGCAAAUAACUUGUCUGAUGUCGUUGUUGUAUUGCAUGGGCGAGUUGAGGAUGUUGAAAUUGAUGAAGAGGUGGAUGUUAUAAUUUCAGAAUGGAUGAGCUAUAUGCUUCUAUAUGAGAGCAUGCUUGGAAGUGUUAUUAAUGCUAGAGAUCGUUGGCUCAAACUUGGUGGUCUUAUUCUUCCUUCAAGUGCAACGUUGUACAUGGCUCCUGUCACACAUACGGACAGAUACAGUGACAGUGUUGACUUCUGGCGCAAUGUUUAUGGAAUUGAUAGCCAAAGUUGAGCAAAUGAGAGCGCAGACACAUGCAAAAAUUGUGAAAAACAUUGCUAUGGCAAGGCAAAGAUCAGAAGAAAAACGUGCAGCAGCUAAAGCUAGAAAAAAUCGAGAACCACAAAAAACUGCGGCUCAAACAUAAUAAAUUCGCCAAACAAGACCGUUGCCCUCUUCCAAUUACAUUUGAUGUGCUUGGCUGUGAUAUAUGAAGAAAAUGAACCUUACUACAAGAUUGAUUAUCUUUUGCUGUUUACCGUCGAUGAUAUGGGUCAUUAAAACUGGUAUAUCAUCUUAUAUAUACGUUACUUAAAACCUUGUAAUUUUUAAACACCUAAUUGCUACGUACCUUAAAUUCAUUGCUGACUGAUGUUUACAAGUCCCAAAACUAUAUAUAUUUUUUUUGUUCAAAAACCAUGGAUACAUUACAAUUAGCUAAAUUGUGUGUU